AUGCACAUCCUGGUCACCAACGACGACGGUCCCCCGUCGAACCAGUCGUCGCCGUACGUCCAUUCCCUCAUCCACUCGCUGCAGUCCGCCGGCCAUACAGUUUCGGUAGUCCUUCCGCACCAGCAGCGCUCAUGGAUCGGUAAAGCGCACCUGGUGGGUGCAUCCGUGAAACCGACCUAUUUCCGGCCGGGAACUCUGCACCAGGAGGACGGGACAAUACACAGCCUGCCGCGGGGUAGCAACGGCGAGCCGAGUGAGGAUGGCGACGAAUGGAUCUUGAUCAACUCGACGCCGGCAAGCUGUGUCCAGAUCGGCCUGUACCAUUACUUCCAAGAGCGCGGCCCGAUUGACGUCGUUGUGUCGGGUCCGAAUUAUGGCCGCAACACGACAGCGUUGUUUGCCUUGUCGAGCGGGACCAUCGGCGCCGCGAUGGAGGGUGCCAUUUGUGGGAAACGCUCAAUUGCGCUGUCUUACGCGUUCAGUUCUCGCACACACGACCCUGUCGUUAUUGCAGAGGCUUCGCGCCACUCGGUCCGGUUGGUUGAAUACUUGUGCGAGAAUUGGGCCAACGACGUGGAUCUCUACAGCGUCAACGUUCCCUUGGAGCCUGGUGUCAGCCAAAACAAGGUCCUGUACACCGAGAUGCUGCGGAAUUUGUGGAAAUCCGGGAGCUGUUUUGAGGUCGCGGACCCUGCCUCCGCUGAUGAACCCGAGCUGCAGGAGCGGCGCCUGCGUAAUGAAGGCGAGGUCGCCGGGAAGAAGGCCGACUCCAAUUUUUGCGUCAGUGACAAGCCUCGGCCUCGCCUUCAACACAAGCACUUUAAGUGGGCGCCAAACUUCCAGGAUGUGUAUCAAAGUGUCGAGGAAAGCGCGCCUGGAAAUGAUGGCUGGGCCGUUAAGGAGCAGAUGACCAGUGUUACGCCCCUCAAGGCGAGUUUCAUGCAUGCGCCGGGUAUCUCGGGGGAGAUCAAGCUAUCGGAUAAGCCGCCUACUCUAUACUCCAUCGUGGACUGUGAUGAUACCUACGUGCAAGAACUGGUCGAGCGGGCUUUGACCCGUCGACUGGGAGGUGCUGCUCGCAUUCAGCGCAUAUCCUCUGUGGAUGACCUCCCGGACUCGUCUGCGCCUGUCUUCCAGUACCGUGAGUACGAACGGCUUGACUUUGAGCAUACCCUGUCAAGACCGUCGACGUCUCUUGCGAAUGCGUAUAUCAUCCGAAAAGCCCUGAUCCGCAAACAUUACCUGUCGAACACAGUGGCCAACUGGAUCUCCAAGCACCCGGAUAGCUCACUGCGACACCACUUCAAACCUGCCUUUGACUUUGAACUGGACUAUGCCGAGUUUCUCGACGAUGCCCUCCUGGAAGCAUAUGAAUUGCGAGACAGCCUGGCGAAGAACGAAGCACGGCCCGAGUCCGAGAAAGAGUGGUGGAUCCUCAAACCGGGCAUGAGUGAUCGAGGACAAGGCAUCCGGCUCUUCAGCAGUGAAGACCAGCUACGCGAGAUUUUCGAGGAAUGGGAAGUGAGCGACUCGGACGAACAAAGCGGGUCCGAGGCGAACGCGGACGAAGACGAAGACAACUCCAGCGCCGCACACGACGCCGGCGUGGUGACAUCGCAGCUCCGCCAUUUCCUCGCCCAGCCCUACAUCGACCCUCCGCUAUUGCUUCCAUCCUCCGCCAACCGCAAAUUCCACAUCCGCACCUACGUCCUCGCUACGGGGGCGCUGAAGGUCUACGUAUUCAAAGAAUUGCUAGCGCUCUUCGCCGCGAAACCCUACUGCCCCCCACACGAAGAAGACGACGAAGUAAAAGAUCUGGCGCGCCAUCUCACAAACACCUGCUUCCAAGAAGGCGGCAGCGCCAACGAGGGCAGCGUGCGCCGGUUCUGGAACCUCGACCACCACGUCCCCGGUCUGAGCGCAGAUUGGAAAGAGCAGAUCUUCGAGCAGAUCUGUGCUGUGACCGGUGAGGUCUUCGAGGCAGCUGCGCGGGGCAUGAUGAUCCAUUUCCAGACGCUGCCGAAUGCCUUUGAGCUGUUUGGGGUUGAUUUCCUCGUCGAUAGUGCUGGGUCGGUUUGGUUGCUCGAGCUGAAUGCGUUCCCGGAUUUCGCGCAGACGGGUGAGGAUCUCAAGGAGGCUGUUGUGGGGAAGUUGUUUGAGGAGACUGUUGAUGUUGCUGUUAAGCCGUUCUUUGGGCUGGGUUCGGACGGUGGAUCUGGGGAUUUGAGUAUCGCCGAAUCCCACCAUGCAAAUAGUCGCCCAAGCUGCGACGCCAAUGCGAGGCACCACACCGCGGAAGAGACCCUGCAACCCGGAGGUGCGGACAAUAUGCCGAAAGGUCGAAGCAAUAGUUGGUGA